AGGCCUGUUAGGUUAUGAAAAAAUCGUGCAAACACUGGACAAGCGUGAGUAACAUAUCGACGGUGUGCCUGUCGAAGACGAGGCGCGAUCGCACGACGAGUCUCGGGGACGACAGUCUCAUCAAUUUCUCGAUGAAGGAGCAGGACAUACCCGAGUACCUGGAGGGCUGCGGGCUGUCGGCCUGCACCACCAGCACGGCCAGCGGCGAGACGCCCGAGGAGGUGCCGCUCCAGGUGUUGAACGAGAGGACGAGAACUAUCCCGUCCUAUGAGAGCAACAGCAACAGUGGCAGCGGCAGCCUGGGCGACACCAAGAAGAUCGUUAUGAUCAAGUAUCCGGACAAGUCGAGCAAGCCGAAGCCCACCAUCAAGAAGACCCCGAUCCAGGCGGAGCUGGACGUGAACAAGGAGUUCGUGCGGUGCCGAGAGAACAGCGUGAAGCGGCUGGACCUGAGCAAGGCCAGCAUCACGAUUAUACCCAGUUCCGUGAAGGAGCUGAAGCACCUGCGGGAGUUCUACCUCUACGGCAACAAGCUGACGACUCUGCCGCCCGAGAUCGGCCACCUGACGAAUCUGGAGACGCUGGCGCUGAGCGAGAACUCGCUCACCAAUCUGCCCAACACCCUGGCGAACCUCAAAUCGCUGCGAGUGCUGGAUCUCAGGCACAACAAGCUCACCGUGAUUCCGGACGUGGUGUACAAGCUCACGUCGCUCACCACGUUGUUCCUGCGGUUCAAUCGCGUCAGGUACGUCAGCAACAAGAUAAGUAACCUGACGAAUCUCACUAUGCUGAGCUUCCGGGAGAACAAGAUCAAGGAGCUGCCCGCGGGGAUAGGCGAGCUGGUCCAUCUUGUCACCUUCGAUGCCUCGCACAAUCAUUUGGAGCACCUGCCCGAGGAGAUUGGCAAGUGCGUGCAACUGUCCACCCUGGACGUGCAGCACAACGAGCUCGUCGACCUGCCGGACACGCUCGGCAAUCUGGUGUCGCUCACGAGACUGGGCAUCCGGUACAACAGACUGACGGUUAUCCCGAAAUCACUGGCGAACUGCAAGAUGAUGGACGAGUUCAGCGUGGAGGGUAAUCAGGUGUCGCAGCUGCCAGACGGUCUGCUGUCGAGUAUGUCGCUACUCACGACGAUCUCGCUGUCCAGGAACAACUUUACCUCCUACCCGGCAGGCGGCCCGUCCCAAUUCUUGAACGUCUACGUCGUCAAUGUGGAGCACAAUCAGAUCGACAAGAUACCCUACGGCAUCUUUUCGCGGUCCAAGAAUCUGGCGAAGCUGAAUAUGAAGGAGAAUCUGCUGAACUCCCUGCCGCUGGACAUCGGUUCGUGGAUCACCAUGGUCGAGCUGAACCUCGGAACGAAUCAACUGCCGAAGCUCCCGGACGACAUACAGUACCUGCAAAAUCUGGAGAUACUGAUACUCUCUAACAAUCUGCUGAAACGCAUUCCGAGCACUAUAGCGAAUCUCAAGAAGCUGCGGGUGCUGGAUCUGGAGGAGAACCGCAUCGACAUGCUGCCGCCCGAGAUCGGCCAGAUGGAGAGCGUGCAGAAGCUGAUACUGCAGUCGAAUCAGCUUACCGCGUUGCCGGACACGAUCGGGGGCAUGAAGAAUCUCACGUACCUCAGCGUCGGCGAGAACAAUCUGCUACAUUUGCCAAAUGAGAUUGGCCUCCUGGAGAAUCUCGGGUCGCUCUACCUCAAUGAGAAUCGGAACCUUCACAAUCUGCCCUUGGGCCUGGCGAUGUGCAAGAAUCUCGGAAUUAUGUCACUUGAGAAUUGCCCGUUGUCGCAUAUCCCUACGGAGAUCGUGGUCGGAGGGUCGUCACUGGUGAUGCAUUAUCUCAAGAUGCAGAUACACUGAUGUGCUUUCAUUAGAUUAAAGAGAUUGUGCUGCCAAGCGUAAACG